AGAGACAGAGUUUCAGUUUUACAAGACGAAAAGAGUUAUGGGGAUGGGUGGUGGUGACGGUUGCACAACAGUGUAAAUGUAGUUAAUACCACUGAGCUGUAUACCUUAAAGUCAUUAAGAUGGUAAGUUUUUUGUGUAUUUAAUAUAAUAAAAUGCAUGCUGAACAACAGACAACAAAUCCAGGCUAGUGAGAAUGAGAAGAAAGUUGAGAGGUGGAGGUGUUGCAGGGUGUCACGGGGGUGUGGAGAGGAUUGUCACUGACAGAGCAUGAGUCUUGAUGGAUCUGAGUUUGAACCCUCACUGUGCCGCCUGUAUUAGUCAGCUUGCGCUGCAAUAACAAAAUACCACAGCCUGGGUGGCUUAAACAACAGAAAUUUAUUUCUCAGUUUUGGAAGUUGGUAAUCCAAGAUUAGGACGCCAGUAGAUUCACUUCCUGAUGAGGGCUCUCUUCUUGGCUUGCAGAUGGCCGCCUUCUCCCUGUGCCCUCACAUGGUCUUUUCUCGGUGCAGGUGCGUGGACAGAGAAAGCAAGCGAUAUCUCUCUCUUCCUCUCUUAGGGCACUAGCCCCAUCACGGGGCCCCAUCCUCAUGACCUUAUCCAAACCUAAUCACCUCCCAGAGUCCCCACCUCCAAAUACCAUCCCAUCGGGGGUUAGGCCUUCAACAUAUGAAUUUGUGGCGGACACAGACAUUCAGUCCAUAUGCCCCAUUUGGAGUCAUUUCACUUCAGUAAGUCUCAGUUUUCAUAUCUGGAAAGUGCUGAUGAGCCUCUGGAGUCCUGUUGGAGCCUCAUGUGCUCUUGUGCAUCCAAUGCCUGGCCUCUAGGAGUUGCUCAUCAGGCCUUGGCUGUCAUCAGCUAGGCUUCCCUGAGCAUCUGCCAUUCUCCAUAACCCCUCGAUGUCCCCAGAUGGUCUGGGGCUCUGGGAGAUGCUCAUUUCCCCCCUUGCAGGCUGUGCUUUGGGCCUCUCUGACUGGGUCUGGUGCUGGGGUCUCUAAGCAGGAGGGUGAGCACAGACCAGGUCUCAGGAAGGCUUAGGUGGGCUGUUUGUCUUCACGUUGAGGCUGGAGAUCUUGGGAUACCUUCCCCAUUCUUUGUUUACCCACCCCUGAAGGACCUAGGCUUACUUGGGUAGUGGGGGCGGUGACCAAGCAGCUUCUAGCUGGAGAGAAUGCAGAGUGCCAGGGUCUGCUUUAAGAUGACAGGUCACCUGGCUUCUUAGGUGGGUCAGGGUCAGGCCCCCUCCCAAACAGAGGGUUGCAGGUGGGCAAGAGAGGUUGUACCCCAGCCUGGGGGAGGCAGGGAGCCCCAUCAUCCUCUGAUCCUCCUCCAUUCUUGUGGCAUCAGGCUAUGUCUGGGCUGUCGCCUGGGUCCUGGGCAGGAAGGAGGAGAGGAUUGUGACUGCCAGGGUCACAGCACAAGUGAACAGCAGGGCUGGGGUUUGAUCCCCGGGAUAGUCUGGCCCCCAACGCCAUGACCCUGGCCAUGACACCCUCCUUCCUGCACCCUCUCAGUGGCCCCUGCUGGCAUGCCACUCUUACCUGGCUCCCCUGCCUUGGCAGUCCACCUUGGCCCUAUCGCCUCCUUGCCUCUGUUUUUUUUUUUCCUUCGUUUUAAAUGUUUGGAUAGAUAGCAAAUUCACAAUUUAUUAGAAUUCCAAAGUUACACAAAGGUGCCCAGUAAAAGCUUCCUCCCACCCUUGUUCUUCAGCCAACAAUUCCCACCCCCACGGACAAGGAGAUCAGUGGGGAUCUCAGUGAUAUUUCCUGUGUGUGCGUGUGUAUAUAUAUAUGUGUGUGUGUGUGUGUAUGCAAAUACGCAUAUGUAGUAUUUUCUCUCUCUCUCUCUCUUUUUUUUUUUUAACAUAAAUUGGUGUUAAACCUUGCUCACUAUUCCCAUUCUGCACCGUGGUAUUCUUCAGCUGAAGUUCGUCUUAGUGGUGAUUCACAUCCUUCAUUUUAACUGUUGCACAGUUUCCCAAGGACCAGGUGACCAUCAUAUCUUUAAACUUACUCCGCAGGUGGACCUUUGUUCCCAACCUUUUUUGUCAGUAUUUACAAUUAAUGCCAUAACGUGUAACUUGGGGCACAGGCCUUAUUUUUCAUGCGUGAGAAUAUGCCUACAGGCAAAUGCCUAGAAGCAGAACCCGGGGUCAGAGCACGUGUGUUGGAAAAGUCCUCACGUAGUGGCUGCGGGAAGGGGUUCCCAUUGACAGCCCUGUCUGGGGGUCCUGGGCCUGCUUCCCACCACCUCACCACCCAGUGUGUCAUCAGAUAGCCCGGUAGGUAAAGGACCCCUCUAUGUCCCCUUCCAUUCUGGGGGUGCGUGUUUAUGCACAUACAUGCCAGCCCUGAGGCAUUUGCUUGUCUUCUUGUUUGGGGCCCUCUGUCACCGUUCAUCUUAUUUCCCCCAGCCAGCUCACAGGACCCCAGUGGGCUGUGGCAGGUCUUAAGCCUUUCACCUCCAGAGCACCCAGCCUCUAGUCGGCCCACCAUAGUUAAAGCCCUGAUUUUAUUUGCUCUCAUAUCAGGGUAUUUGCCCAUCUCUGUGGCCAGCUCCCCCGCUGUCCGCCUCCAUGUGCAGGUGAAGACAUCUGUCUGCAAGGCCCUGGGGCCCAGGUAGCCACACCCACAUUCAAGCAUCCCCAGUGUGCCCAGCCCUUGAAGCUGAGUCCACACCUCCAGAGGCUGCCCCCUCACAGGUCCAGAGCUCUCUCACCUCCACAAAUGUUGGAAACUGGCCCAGGUCCCAGCACCCCCAGGCCUUUCCACCUUCCUGCCAGAUUUAGCUGAUGGGGAGGCUCCAGGCUCUGGGAGCAGCUGGGCCUGAGCAGUGCCCUCCCUGGGGCUUCACAGCUGUCCCAGAGGUAAAGUGUGCCAGACCCCAUAAAGAUACCCGCCCGCCCCAGGGCGGUGGGUAGGCAGCUUCUGGCCCCUGUUGCCCUCAGAGAGCUCUGGAAGAGCCUUCUUGCCGCUGCCAAAGAUGCAGCAAGAAGCUCACCCCCCUCCUGUGCAGGUGGAGGAUGCUAGCAUCACAGAGGCCCAGGCCUACCCGCUUACCAGUCACAUGUAGCAUGUUCUGCCCACUUAACUCACGGCCUUUGGUGGAGUGUUAGCCUUUCCAGUCCUCAGUUUCUUCAUCUGCAAAAUGGGGUGAUAACACUGACUUGGCCAGCUCAUCAGAAAUUCCUUUUAACAUCGUUAUGUUCUGAUUACUUGAACGCCACUGUCUCCCUUACUUUCUCUCCCUCCACGACUUUGGCAAAUUGGAUGUGGCCCUGGGAUAUAGGCCACAGCCAAGUGAGAAUUUUAAUAAAAGUGAAAUAUUUGGCCCAGAGCCCAUGGAAGGCCCUUGGGGCCUGGCCCUUCUCACUGUGGGGCAGGGCCACUAGACUGUCAUUGAGCUGCUCCAGGCAGCUCAGAGAGGUAAUGACAGGUACAAACCCAGCAAAAGAAAACGCCGCAUCCCCCAGGAGAGGUUGGGUAAUAAGGAGCUGACAGUGGGUGCCUGUGUUGAUUUUCGGCCCAUCCUGACUUUGGGAAGUUGGUGUCACCAUCAACCAGGAGUGCAGGACAACACGACAGCUUGGGCCGGGGCUUCCUUUGCAGGCAUGUCUCAGCCAUAGCUGGACCCCCAGGCCAGGCGCACUUUGGAAGCAGCAGGGGCUGACGACCCCUGUCCAGUAAGUAAGCAUAGCUCUGCUGCUGACUGAGCCUGCCCCAGCCUGGGACAGCUAGGGAGAGUAGACUGACCAGAGGGUUCUUUGCCCCAGGGCAGGUAGGUGCAGGGCUGGAGGCUGGCCACAAAGGGGUCCUUUCCAGCCCUCUCCUGCCCCAGCCUAAGGUCUGGGACGGCACCAUUUGGGUGUAAGCGCUGCCCUCCCUGGUGGAGAAUGUUAGCACACUGAAUAGCUAGUUCUCGGCCACUCUGGGCUGGACCCAGCCUGACAUCUUUAGUUCAGCUCUUUUAUUUCAUGGAUUUGGAACUGAGUCCAUAAAGGAGAGGACUAGCCAAGGCACGUGGCGGUCACACUGAUUCCCCCAGGUGCAGACAGGCCCUGGGGAGCUAGGCUGCGGCUCAGCUCAGAGCCCCUUCCCUUCAGCUUGGGAACCAUUCUGUACCGUUUCUCAUGGGCUUAUGUUCAUUGCAGCCCUUUUCCCAUCAUCUCUGGUCAUUUGUCCAGUUGUUUCACGAGUCUCAGUAGCCGUCAGUGUCUUUAAGGGUAUUGUGGACUGAAUGUUUGUGUCCCCCCAAAACUCAUAUGCUAAAGCCCUAACCCCUAGUGGGAAUGUAUUUGGAGAUAGGCCUUUAGGAAGUAAUUAAAAUUAAAAGAGGUCAUAACGGUGGGGCCCUGAUCCAAUAGGAUUAGUGUCCUUAGGAGAAGAGGCACCAGAGAGCUCGCUUGCUUUCUCCCCACAUGUGCACAGAAGGAAGGCCAGGCAAGGAUGUAGCCUUCAUCAAGCCAGGAGGGAGCCCUCUCCAGAAACGCUGCCAGCACUCCGUUCUACUUCCAUCCUCCAGAGCUGUGAGAAAAUAAACUUCUGUUGCUUAAGGCCCCCAGUGCUUUGUUCUGGCAGCCCUGGCUGUUGUUGCCCUAUGUGUCCCCCAUGCCACCCUAGCCCUCCUGGACUGCUGAGAUUGAGGACCAGUGGAAAGAGCCCCGACAAGACUGUCCCAAAGCCUCAGGGAGCCCAUCUUGGUAAUGGGAGGGUGAAGAGAGAGGCAGGUAGGUCAGGUACUCGUGGGCACAAUAGCAAUUUUCCUGCCCUUUCUCCCUGGCUCAAGGUUGAGCUCAUUAAAAGAGCUAAGUGUCGGGAAUUCCGUGGUGGUCCAGUGGUUAGGACUGUGCGCUAUCAACAGGUUCGAUCCCUGGUCUGGGAACUAAGAUCCUGCAAGCCGUGCAGCGUAACCAAAAAAAAAAAAAAACCAAAAACAAACAAAAAAAAGAGCUAAUUGUCAGUGCUAGACAUUUUACCCCCUGAGCUAAGUGAACAACCGGGGGGCUUUUCCUGGGGGAAAGUAGUGGUAAACUCGAGACCCCGCCUCAUGCCAGCAGCUAGUCCUUCACUCCUGAGGACCUCAGUGAGGUUCCGGACAUCAUGGAGACAGAGAUGGCAUCUGGACCUGGAAUGGUCCCAGGGCCUGUGGCUUGGGGGUUAACCGCAGCCGAAUGACCUGGAGCUGCAGGCCACGGAGGCAACGUGGACAUUGUUUCAGGUGGAGGCUGCUUGCUCCUGAAUGAGUGAUGGGUAGAAAAGUUCCAGAACUGUACUGUCCAAGUCGGUAGCCUCUAGUUCACAUUUAGUUAAUAUGAACUCUAGCUAAGUUCAUAUUAAUUAAAAUCAAGUAAGAUUUUUUUAAAAAUUCAAUUCUUUAGCCACACUAGCCUCAUUUCAUAGCACUCAGUAGCCACACGUGGCUGGUGGCUAACCCACCUGGACAACGCAGGUGUAGACCAUUUUCAUCAUUCCAGGAAGCUCUUCUGGAUAGCACUGUUCUAGGUUUGUUUGGACUCAGUAGAGAGAAUGCCAGGUUCAUUUCAACGAUGGCUGUCCUGACUUAGGGUUGGGCGGAGUGGGGUCGCACCUGGCUGUACGUGCCACCCUUUGCAGGCAGAUGCCGGGGGUACACCCCGUGGGCUCCUGGUCAGAGCAGUCGGGUACGCUGUAGUGGGAUGUGGUUGAACCUAGGCUGGCCUGGCCAGCAGGAAUUGGCUCCGUCUGGGGAUCUCAGGGCUCCUCUCUGACAUCCCAGCCGCUCCCACACUUAGCUCUGCUUCAGCUUUCUGCUCCAGCGCCACCACCUCCAGGGUGCCCUCCCUGAGCCCCAGACCCCCAGCACUCCCCCGCUUGCCCUUCUCUGCUUAUUCCCUGCAUCCACCCCGCCUAUGUAAACACAUCAUCACGUCUGCGUCCCCAGCUAGCGCAGCGCUGGGCCCGUGGAACUGCGGUGGACAGGGCAGCGGCUUGGCAAAGCUGGAGCCGCAGUCCUUCCGACGCAGGCCCUGUGUUCUGACUCUGGGGGUGACAAGGCGCCAGCCCAAAGCGCGGGGAGACACAGAGCAUGCCCAGGGUCACCCAGCUUGCUAGGAGUCGAGGCUGAACAGGCCCAGCUGGAGGUGCUGAAGCCCAGUUGGAGCAGGGAGCAGCUGAGAUGCCCAGGUCAGCAUCCAGAGCUGGCAGGUGGUCACAGGCCAUCUUCUGCUUCACCUGGUUUACAUGUCGCUUAACCUACUCCUGACCCCACCUCAGAGGCAGCCCAGUGAGCUCUAAGGGGUCCCAGGGGCCGUUAGCUCGGGACCCCGCCACCUUACUCCAGGCACCGAUCCCAUGAGUGGUCACACACACAGAUACCCCUUCAUCCAGGAAAUUGACUGCCCCUCAAUCCCAAGACAUUUGAGAACUUCAGGGGGACUAGGAAGGGAAAAAUGGGGAAUCUGUAGGCCAGACAUGUUUUCCUUGGCCCACGCGGUGUGUUUUUUGAAAAGUACACCAACAUUUAGCUCUCUCCUCCUCGCUUCCAAGAUGACCAAGAAAAGAAGGGAUAAUGGUCGUGCCAAAAAGGGCCGCGGCCUCAUGCAGCCUAUUCGCUGCACCAGCUGUGCCCAACGCAUGCCCGAGGAUGAGGCCAUUAAGAAGUUCGUCAUUCGGAACAUCGUAGAGGCCACAGCUGUCAGGGACAUUUCCGAAGCGAGGGUUUUCUGUGCCUGUGUGCUUCCCAAGCUGUGUGUGAACCUGCAUUACUGCGUGAAUUGUGCCGUUCACUGCACAGUAGUCAGGAGUCAUUCUCGGGAAGCCCGGAAGGACCGAACACCUCCACCCCGAUUUAGGCCUGCGGGUGCUGCCCCACAACCUCCGCCAAAGCCCAUGGAAGGAGCUAAGUCCUUAAAGACUGAAGAAUACUGUCCCCUGGAAAGACAAUAAAGUGGAAAUUAUACUUAAAAAAAAAAAA